CAUGCGCUAAAAGGUGGAAGCAAACAGCGAAUAACGUCACCUUAGCCAAGUAUCGCGCGACAUCAAGUACCCCCGCGAAUUGAGUUCUCCUCCAGCGUAUGUAAGCGUAUGUCAGCCGCCAUCUUGUAACGCGGCGAGGGAGAAGAGCAGCAGAUAUGGCGGACUACAGCAAUGUGGCUCCCCCGUCCUCCGGUGGUGGUAUGAAUGAUGCUUUUAAAGACGCUCUUCAGAGAGCACGACAGAUCGCAGCGAAAAUAGGCGGCGAUGGCGUUGCAGCACCAUCAGCGGGCGAAUUCGGCUACGGAGGCCAGAAAAGGCCUCUGGAGGACGCUGGUGGGUAUUUUCCCAUGCCUAACCUGAAUAUCGACCAACCAGAGACGAAGAAAGUGGCAACCAAUGAUGCUUUUUCUGCCAUGGGAGGAAUGGGCGGCCCCUCGAGGUCGGCAUCGGAAGAAUACAAAGUUCCUGAUGGAAUGGUUGGAUUCAUUAUCGGAAGAGGUGGCGAACAAAUAUCACGUCUGCAGCAAGAGUCUGGGUGCAAAAUACAGAUUGCUCCUGACAGUGGAGGCAUGCCUGAUAGGUCAGUGACAUUGACAGGGCCACCAGAAUCCAUCAUGACGGCAAAGCGGUUGCUCCAGGAGAUUGUUGAGAAGGGGCGACCAGCCCCAGCGUUCCAUCACAGCGAUGGCCCAGGCAUGACCGUUCAGGAGAUUAUGGUCCCUGCCUCAAAAGCUGGCUUGGUCAUUGGGAAGGGAGGCGAGACAAUCAAGAGCCUUCAGGAAAGGGCGGGAGUGAAGAUGGUCAUGAUCCAAGAUGGCCCCCAAAACACAGGCGCAGACAAACCUCUCCGCAUUUCAGGAGAGCCAUUUAAAGUUCAGCAAGCUAAAGAGAUGGUAUUGGAGCUGAUCAGGGAACAGGGCUUCAGAGAGCAGAGGGGCGAGUACGGCUCCAGGAUCGGAGGGGACAGCUUAGAUGUAAGUUUCUUUCUUUCUGAAGGGAUGGGUAUUAUCCAGCAGCAUUCUCAGUGUGUUCUUUCUCUGCCUCCCAAGGUUCCUGUUCCCCGGUUUGCGGUUGGAAUUGUCAUUGGCAGAAAUGGGGAGAUGAUCAAGAAAAUACAGAGCGACACAGGUGUCAGGAUCCAGUUUAAACCAGAUGAUGGCAGUGCACCAGACAGGAUAGCACAGAUCAUGGGUCCUCCUGACCAGGCUCAGCACGCAGCGGAAAUCAUUACGGACCUGCUGAGGAGUGUCCAGACUGGAGGUCCUCCUGGUCACGGUGGUGGAAGAGGCCGAGGACGUGGGCAAGGCAAUUGGAACAUGGGUCCCCCUGGUGGUCUGCAGGAGUUUACCUUCACUGUUCCAACCAUGAAGACUGGCCUCAUCAUUGGAAAAGGUGGUGAGACCAUUAAAUGCAUAAGCCAACAGUCAGGAGCCAGGAUUGAGCUGCAGAGGAACCCUCCACCAAACUCAGACCCCAACGUCAAAAUGUUCACCGUCAGAGGCUCCCCCCAACAGAUUGACUACGCCAGACAGCUGGUGGAGGAGAAAAUUGGGGGACCUGUUACUCCAAUGGGUGGCCCACAUGGUCCUCCUGGUCCACAUGGCGGCCCAGGCCCACAUGGUCCUCCUGGACCACCAGGACCUCCUGGAGCUCCCAUGGGUCCUUACAACCCUGGACCUUACAACCAGGGACCCCCAGGGCCGCACGGUCCCCCAGCACCAUACCAGCCUCAGGGGUGGGGCAAUGGCUACCCCCACUGGCAACAGGGACAGCCUGACCCAAGUUCAGACAAAGCAGCAGCUGAUGCAAAUGCUGCCGCGUGGGCAGCCUACUACGCCCAGUAUGGUCAACAACCUCAGGCUCCAAUGACCCCCACCAGCGGAGCACCAGGCACGAAUCAGUCCAAUGGUCAAGGUGACCCACAGGCUGCAGGUCAGAGUGGACAGGCAGAUUACACCAAGGCCUGGGAGGAUUAUUACAAGAAAAUGGGUCAACAGAGUCAACAACCUCAGGACUACACUAAGGCAUGGGAGGAGUACUAUAAGAAACAAGGUCAAGCUGCUCCUCAGGCGGCGGCCCCAGCAGCUGCGGCCCCAGCCACCCAGGCCGGCGGCCAACCCGACUACAGUGCUGCCUGGGCCGAGUACUACAGGCAACAGGCGGCGUACUACGGCACAGGCAACCCUCAGACCAUGGGCGCGGCACCACAGGCCCCUCAGGUACGCCCCCUCCUCCUAGAUUAGACAUGUGCAUGGAAUGGUCCGUGAUUGCCUCCUAACAUCCUUGCCCCUGCAGGCUAUUACAGGGUUCCAGUGAGUUCAGCUGCAACAUGGCACUUUUUAACCCAAACCUUCCUUCCUAAACAGGACAUGAGUCCAGUGUUUCCACUGUUAACAUGCAAUGUAUCUUCUAUGUAUUUCUCCUGCACAGGGCCAGUAAUGUGAAGUGGACAUAAAGUAAAUGCUUCAUUGUCGAAACAAAUCCUUUUGUUAAAUGUUUGGAUGCAGACGCCUUGAUGAAGAUCUUAAAUUUCCUUGGUUUGAAAGUGUUUGACAUAGAUGGCAGAUUACCGGCGAGCACGUCCUCCACAUUUGUUUUCUUUUUCUCUUGUAAAAGCUUUGUUUUUAGUGAGGUAACUCUUCAUGUGGUCAUUCCAGCCCUGUAUCUACAUUCAGUGUGGUUAGAAGUCAUGUUUAUUCUUAAACUGUAGACAUUACCAUGUAAAUCAUCUCAGUUUUAAAAAUGCUAUUGCCUGUUGUGUUUUUGCAAUAAAACAAACUGAAACCUCCUGUGUGGGUAAGUGGGGAUCACCAUAGACAAAGGGGGGCAUGUUUGUCGUCUUUGAGAGGGGGCGUUACAAAAGCUAGCAGGGCCAUGUGUGGGUUUUCAAUCUGGUUGACACAAAGUGAUACUGUCCUGUUUCUCUCCAACUGUCUAUAAGACACUCCAUGUGGUUUUUGUUGACUCUUGAACCUUCCAUGCUUUGACUUGAAUCUGUAGCCAGACGUCAGAACAGGAAGUGAUCCAUGUUACAUGAACUGUGGCGCGGUGGCACUCUUUGUUGACAUGGUGGCACUAGUAUGUUUUGCCUUGAUAUAGACACUUCCUCCUCCACAGGCAAGUGUAGACGAGCGGUAAGCAAGUAUUUUUGUACUGUAUUUGUUGCUCAGAGGAUAAACGUGUGUUGCCUGUUUUAGUGUCCCUAUUUUUGUGUGUGUUUUUCCUGCAGGACAGUCAGGUAAAUUUGCCCCUGUAUAUGACAUUGAUGCAUUUAAACUUUCUGACUGUAAACUAAUGUACGUUUUUUUAAACAUGUUUUUUAUGAUAAAAAAAAACCCAUUGCAAAAACCAAAUGAUUUUUGCUGUGCCACUUGUUGGUCUCUAUCCAAUAUGAGCUAUGAGAUUUGUAGGCUCGCAGUCUUCAUCCAAGUUGAGCCCUGCCGUCCUGUAAGUACAAAAUUGAGCCUUGUGAUGCUUGCAAAGUAUAUCAAUAUAUACAUUCUUUUGUCAAAUCCUGCCAUGUUCCCUUUUUUCGGGUAAGUAUCCAAUGUUCUGCAACGCGGCGUAAGACUAUUGACAAAUGAUUGAGACGUUGAAUUGUUGAAUAUCGUGUCGGACAUUUUGUUAGGGGUAGCCAGUUGUUGACUUGACUGUCCUCUUUAAAUGCCCCUUCCCCAUCUUGCUUUUGCAUCAUAGAUGUUAAUCAGAAAGCAAAGAGAUGUUAGUGUAGCAUGCUUAGCCUUCUCUUUGCUAAUGUUCUAUUUGAGCAUGUGAUGAUGGUCGUGGACUUGUCCAGUACUACUGACGAAUGAACAUUGAUUUAUGACAAAUUUUGAAUGAAUGAAUGAAUGACUAGAUCAGAAAAUACAAAUCCUUUUGACUGCAAACAGUGCAAUCCAUAUAUAAAUAUAUAUACACACGCAUAUAUAUCUGAUCUUUGCAGUGUCCCCCUUCCUCAGACCUUGCACCUUAGGUUCUGCUGCAGUAACCCAGGUAAGCAAAGCCUAAGGCGUCAAUAGUGUUUAAAUUGAUCUGUGCAAAGAACUGCUUAGCUGCAAGACUUGUACGACUUUCUAUGACUUUGUGGACUUGACUCGAGUACAAACGUAUUGGCUAUGAGGAAAUGUCACUGUAGUCUGUAUUGUCCCACCCCCACCCCC